GUUUGGCGGCAGCGGUGGAGAGGAGCCAAGAUGAGCCGCUCGGUGACGGUGGGGCCGGCGGCCGCAGUGGCGCACUCCGGGUCUCGCUACCGCAGGGUCAUGGCUCCCAACCGGGCCUUCGACUUCAUCUACGAUCCAUUAUAUACGCUGUCAAGUGAGAGAGACCAUGCACAAGCAACUGUCCAGUCUCAUCUGAUUCACGAUGAAAUGAGGAAAGUGCCAGCAUUUAAAACCAUGUUCAGUAACCUGAUUCACUAUCCACCGUACUCUAUGCAAUUACAAGAAAUAAAUCCUGUUCCCCCAUUCAUUGACCGAAGAUGGAGAGGAAGGGCGGAACGGCGCAUUGAGGCUCUUCAGAAGCUUGCUAGAUCUCAACCCUCACUUCAGAUUCCAAGAAUUGAAUAUGAAGAUCCUGAUGUUGGUGGAAGGAAUCGCUGGAAGUAUUUUGAACGACCUUUCAUCCCAUUUCAUAAGCCGAUGCCACUAAAUGUUGUCUAUGCAAUGUCAAAGCCAGAGUCAUACCUUAACAAGGUGAAAUCCAGGGACAAGCCAUCUUAUCUCAUUUCACGAACUGUGGGUACACAGACGGAUUAUCGGGAUGGUGAAGCUCAGACAGAUCCCUACAGCCCUGAAUAUGUGGUGCCUCCAGGUUCAAUACCUGAGCUACUGACCCUUGUCACACUGACUUGGGGUCGGGGCCUUCCAGCAACCCAGGCAGAAGUCGAAGUGAUUGAACGAGCCCGAGAAAAACGUGCCUGGGAGGCCACGCUCCCACCCCUCAGCGAUGCUACACAGAUUGCAAAGAGGCGGAGGAUGAUGGAGGAAAUGGAGAGGAAAGAGUGGGCCUUCCGGGAAGUAGAAAUAGAGGAAUUGCAAGAAGUUAGACUAGAACUCUUAAAGGCUCUGCUGAGGAAAAGGGAAGAGAACCGCAAUGAACUGAUGGUCACUCGCUUGGAUGCUCACUGGUUUAACCUUAUGCAAGAAAAAGAAGAAAAAAUUAAAAAAAUUCAGCAUGAACAUAUAAAAGCAAUCAGAAGACUGAUAGCCAAGGGGAAAAAUGUGGAAGGAAAACUGGAUAAAAGAAAUGUCAUCAGGGACUACACUGAAUUUGAUUCACAGCCUUACGCUCCUCUAUCAAGAAUUGGCUACUUUCCAGACAACAGUGCCAACCGUUUUAUAGUGAAGAACCCCUUUCUCAACACCUAUCAAGGAUUACUUCAGCUGGAGGCAUCUCUUCCUGACUCCGUCACUCAGCCCCGAACUGAAGCUCCCAAAAGGACCACCACCACUAAGGAUGGGUUUAUUAAACGGUCGGCUAGACUAGAAUUGGAACUGGCAGAGGUUUACCAGAUACUGCAAGACAGAAAGAAAAAGGUUAAGGAGCCGCGUAAACCACUUCGUUUCCUUGAGAAGAUAUCAAAGAUCCCCGCUCGUCCUCCCACUCCAACACUGGAAGUCCCUUCACUGAUCGAAGAAGAAAGAGAACUAGCUGUGAUUACACUGCAGAGCUUAAUCCGAGGCAGAGCUAUCCAGAAUAUGAUGUUUGAAGGGAAGGAAAAGCGACUGGAACUGAUCCGUGAGUUGCGCACCACUCAUGCACUUCAGGAGGAUGGGCAGCUGUUGAAGAAGGCUGAGAAGCAAGUGACGUUGGCCUUGCAGAGGCAACGGGAUCUGCAUGAACACAAGAUGUCUCUCAUGGAAAAGCACUUGGCUCGGGUGGAAGGGAGAGCCCUCUCCAACAUGCUGGACUUCCUCUCCAAAGAGCUGAUUCGGCUCCAAGAUGAGCGGAGGAUCCACGCUUUUGCUAUGCUCGCUGAAAGGCAACGCCGAAUUCGGGAAGCCGAGGAGAGCGGCCGCCGGCAAGUGGAGGAGCGGCGCAGGCGUGAAGAAGAUGAGAUCUUUAGACAGGUUGUUAAGGUGCACCAGAGUACAGUUGACUCUUACCUCGAAGAUGUCAUCCUGGACAGCAUGGAGGCUACAGCCGACGAACAAGCUAGAGAAGAGAUUCAAAGAGUGGCUGUGGAAAUCAACGACAUCGCUUAUGAAAUGGAAGCACGUCGAACACACCUUCAGUCCGAAGAAAUUGUGGCCGAGCUGGUUUAUAGUUUCCUGAUCCCUGAAGUGAGGAAAAUGGCCAUCAAGGAGAAAGUUAGACAGUCCCAGAGAAAGCACAUUCACGCAGCUCAUCAGAUCAUUCAUGGGACUACAGAGACGACUGUGGGACAGCUCUUUGAGCUCCAACUGGCAACUGGUGUCGAACUUUCUCAGCUAGCAAUCCCAAGUGCAGCUCUGGCUCCUGCAACAGCUGAAGAACAAGGAGCUCCUGAGGCGCAUGAACCCCAUGAGCCGCAGAUUCCAGACAGUCAGGCAGAGCCUGAAAUGCCACCUGAAGGUGAUGGUACAGACCCCUCAGGCAGUGAAGAAACAGAAAAGAAAUAAGUUGCCCUUGAGGAACCACCAGAAGAAGCACCUCGGACUAAUAUGCACCUCUGAGGUCUCCCCCCCCCAUUUUUUGCAUUG